AUGUGUGCACAGUCUUGGAUAAAAAGUAGAAUACAGGACACAACUUGGAUUGGUUUUAAUGAUCUUUACAAGGAGGGCUUAUUUCUUUGGAGUGAUGGAACUGAGGUUGAUUACAGUAAUUGGGAUAAAGGUGAACCAAACAAUGGCAAGUUGUUCGGUUCUGCUGAACACGUCGUUGAAAUGCUCACUAACGGAGAAUGGAAUGAUGUUGCUGAUACUGAGAAAUAUUAUAUAUGUAAAAGGAUUGAUGACCCCGCGACCAUCUAUCACUUUCCAACAGACACGUCGGCACUCCGGUAUGAAGAGGUUACAUUUACCUGCAUGGCCACUGGCACACCAAAGGCUGUAACGUACCGAUGGUAUAAAGAUGAUAUCAGACUCAGAUCAGAUGGAAAUAAAUACUAUAUUGAUGAUGGAUUACUUCGUAUAAAAUAUAUUGCACUGUCAGAUGACGACGAUUAUCUGUGCGUCGCUGACAAUGGCGUAGGAGAAGAUGAUGAUGCAGUUGCACACCUUGAUGUACAGUACCCACCUGUGGCUGAAACAGAUGGUAUAGUGGCAGUUCGAGAAGGGCUGACGACCAAUAUUUUAUGCAAAGUAACUGACGGCAACCCGCUACCUUGCAGUGAUUCUGCUCGAUGGAAAAGGCCCGAAGACACAGUAUUCAAUACAGAUAACCCAUUACAAAUACAUAAUAUUCAACGUAACCAAGCUGGUAUUUAUUUAUGUGAAGUAACCAAUACAUAUUAUAAUGGUGACCAAGGUCAAGGGUCAUCAGAAUCCAAUGUCAUAGUUGAAUAUCCCCCAGAUGUAUAUGUCCCGGAUGUGUACUCUGUUAUUGUUGGUAAUGACGUCAUUGUUAACUGCAUGGUUGACGCUGUGCCUAACGCAGAUAUUAAGUGGAUAUCAUUUAACGAUCGGGAAAGUGAAGGAAAAACUCUGACUCUACAAAACGUACAAAAGUCACACGACGGUAUUUACACAUGCCAUGCUACGAAUACGUUCACGUCAGAACCCAUAGGACCAGGAACCGGGGAGAACACUACCCAUAUCGACGUCCAAUAUGGACCUGAGGUGUCGGUGAAGGAUAGGUUUACUGUGGCUGAAGGAGCUGCCGUGUCAAUUGAGUGUAUAGUUGACGCUAACCCCGCUGCUGACGUAGUGUGGACGAAAGGUGACAUCAUUAUACAAGAAGGUAAUCAACUCAAUAUCCCGGGAAUCAGCAGACAUCAGUCUGGUGAAUAUGUCUGUGUUGGUAGAAAUACGUUACUUGAUGGCGAAGAAUACACAGACGAGGCAACCACAUGGAUUGAUAUUAUGUGGGAGCCUGAGCCUGCCACUGAUCUUACCGUUACUGACACAACCGAAACCACAGUGAGUAUUUCUUGGACUGCGGGGUUUGAUGGCGGAGCCUCUCAGCAGUUUUGUUUAGUGUAUUCUGAGUUACCAACGAGUCAAACUCAACGAACACGCUGGACAGCACAUACUGAACAAACCAUCACAGCACUUUUUAUUGCAACAGAAUAUGCGAUUGAAGUGGUGAGUGAGAACUGGAUUGGAAAUGCAACUUCUGGAUCGAUAACGGAAACUACAUUAGGGAAUCCAUUAUCUAUUCUUGUGGUGGUUUUACUCGUAUUUAUAGUGAUUCUUGUCGGUGUCAUUCUAUUUGAGGCACUUUUCAUCUUUAAACAGCGCAAAAGUACUGAAUCGGCAAAAGAUGACACGGAAUUAACAAAAAGAAUUAACAGACCCAUUGAACAAGAUGGAACACCUAUCGACUCGUCUAAUAUAUAUACCAUAGACUCAUCUAAUCUCUAUAUGGAUCUCGUAUUCAAUAACUCACUGGCAAGCGACCAAGACUACACAGAUCUACGGCCUGCAUUGCAUCGAAAUGAGGAAGACACCGGCAGAACUGAAAAUAUUUACGUCAAUUUAGAAAUGUUGUAG